AAUUUUUUGGCUAACCUCUCUUCCUUCCAUCUUUUUCGUUGUUCUUUAUGCACACGAUUGGUUUCUUUCCAAGUUUUUGGUGUAGGAAUUGCUGGUGACAUAAUUUUAUACUUUUUCUUUUCAAAUAUUAAAAAACAUAAUUACUCACAAUUCUUCUAAAAUCUUCUAAAAACUUUAAACACGAACUAUUUCAAAAUAAAUUUCAAUACUACAUUAACAACGUUACGUUUUAUGUGAUAGCGAGUUUGUAUUUUUUCACUGUGUGAAAUAUUUUUUUUGAAUUUUUACCAAAUUUUUGCAAAUAUUAAAUUAUGACCACAGAAGAAGGUUUUGAACAGUUUGAAGAUGAGGAGGCCGAAAUUCCAAUUGGCGGAACUUUACCUGGUGGUAGAAAACGAUUAUUUUCGAAAGAACUACGCUGUAUGAUGUAUGGUUUUGGUGAUGAUCAAAAUCCUUAUACAGAAAGUGUAGAUUUAUUAGAAGAUCUUGUUAUUGAAUUUAUUACUGAGAUGACACACAGAGCUAUGGAAAUUGGUCGUACUGGUCGUGUUCAAGUAGAGGAUAUUGUAUUUUUAGUUAGAAAAGAUCCAAGGAAAUAUGCAAGAGUUAAAGAUCUUCUAACAAUGAAUGAAGAAUUAAAGAAAGCUAGAAAAGCAUUCGAUGAAGUUAAAUAUGCAGGUACUGUUAGUCAGUAGAUUUCAUUUGUUGAUAUCAAAUCAUAUAACAAAAUAUUUUUGUCGUGCUUGAAUUUAUUAUUUUAGAGAGAAUUAUAUUGAAUUCUUUAUUAUUCUUUCUGUAUUAGUGUAGUCUUCUUAAAAGAAUUAUUUUUAUUCUUUAAUCUUUAUUAAAAAAGUUUAAAUAAAAUUUGACUAUAAGCAAAUUAUUUAAAAUUUGUUAUUGGAUAUACUAUUAUUUAAAUAUAAAUAAAGCAUUAGAAUAGUUUUGAUUUAUUUACAAAUAUGGAAUGCUUGUGUGCUGCAUUUUUAUGAUACUUCAUGCUUGCUUAUCUACAUAAUUAAAAAUAUUAUGAUAUAUUUAAGAUCACUCAUUUCUUUUUGUUAUACAAAAAGAAAUAUAUAUAUAAAAUUAAUAUUUUUGGAUUUUUAUAAAUAAUAUAUAUAUAUAUAUAUUUUAUAAAUAAUAAUAUUAAAUUGUAAUAAUUAUUUUAUAUUAUAAUUCUAUUACUUUUUAUUUUGUAGUAUUAGUAGUAUUACAUUUAUGUAUAUAAAAAUAGAAUAUAUAAACAAAUACUUAUAUCUUCUUUAUAUAUUUUAUGUUUUAUUUUAUGAACAAUAGUUUUUUUUUGUAAUAAAAAUACAUACUUACAUAUGUUUUAUUUUAAUAAGUAUAAAAUAUUACUCUAAUGAUUUUUUUAAAUGCUAAUUUGGAAUAAUUAUUCCAAAUUCCUUUUUAAUAUCCUUUUUAUAUCAUUUUUCAAUUUUAAUAUUUUAUUUCCCUUUAUUUAUUAUUUUCAUUUUAAUAUAAGAAUUGUACUUUGUAUUUUUAUUAUGCAGCAUGAAUAAUGCAUGUUUAAAAUUAAAUUGCAAUUUAUUUAAAAAAAAAGAUUAUCUUGGUUUAUUUAUCAUUACUAUUUUAUUAUUUUUUUGCACGUAUAUUAUUUUGUUUUUAAAUCAAAAGAAAGCAUUAUAAUAUAUUUGAUUGGACAAGCUUGUUGUCAAGUUUGAAUUUGAAUCUUAUAAAGUUAUAUCAUAUAUUGAUUAAUACUAGAAACAGCUUCUUUUGCUGACAGAAUAACAUGAGAGACUCCUACACCGUGGUAUGAAGAACCACACAGCCCCAAAGGUAUUUUAUGCGCGGAGAUGUAAUCGUGGAUACGAGUUAACCGUUGUGCGUGACCAAUUACAUAUUGUGGAAUACAGUCUUUCAGAA